CACACACACACACACACACAGGCGCCGGGUCCUCCCUGUGAGCGGCGUGAACGCGAGACGUGAUUGCUCGGGUCCUGAUUGAUCUGGAGAGGAGGUGUUGUCUUCAGAGGUUCAGCCGUUCUGCGCUCUGAUGCCAAGCGCACAUGGAGGACAGUGCCAAAGACUUCUCUCACCUGGCGAGCCCGCCGUCCACGGAUCUGGGAUUUCCAUUAUAGCAGGACAACAACUGUCUUUAUGUUUUUUAGGGAUUUUUAAAGAAAGAAUAUUUGAAUUUCGAGACACGGUUUUAGGGUUACUAUCUCAGGUUAGGUGGUACUUAGUUAAUGCUUCACGGCAGUCGGAUACAAUUUAGUCUGUUCACAGAGCACAAGUGCUAGUUUGUGCCGUGAUAAGGACUAGACUAGCGCGCGAGCGAGCGAGCGCAGUGGAGCCGGACCCGGGCUGUGGGGGAAAGUUUGGAGAGCUCUUCUGGAGCGCGCACACGAGUCCGAGUGUCCGUGAGAUGAUGCUGUAAAUGCGGGGCGAUGUCCCGACGGAAGCAAGGCAACCCACAGCAUCUGUCCCUCACACAGAGGGAGAACCUACCGACAGAUCAUGAUGCAGGGGUGGAUCAGUGCCCAUCGGAGGGCUCCGGAGCCAGCCCUGUGGGCGGAGCCGGAGAGAGUGACCUGCUGACCUGCGGUCAAUGUCAAACUAACUUCCCCCUGGGAGAUAUUCUAGUGUUUAUCGAACACAAAAGGAGACUGUGUCCCGGAUCUAGCUCCUGUUUUGACAAACCGACUGACUGCGGUGGCUCCCCGUCCCCCAGACCGCCACGGGCAGAAGUCUGCCGGAGGUCUGGACCGGUAGAGGUUGGGAUCCAGGUCACUCCAAGAGAGGAGGAAAAACGACUGACGCCCGCCAGAGGAAUCUGCCCCAAGCAGGAGGGCGUCCCAACAGGAAAAGAUGAGCCCUCCAGUUACAUCUGCACCACUUGUAAACAACCCUUUACCAGCGCAUGGUUUUUGCUGCAGCAUGCACAGAACACCCACGGGAUACGCAUCUACCUGGACACCCACCCUACUAGCUGCUCACUUACCCCUCGCAUGGCCCUUCCUCCACCACUGGGGGCUGAUGCCCUGCCCCGUUCCCCUCUAGCCAGCUUUCUGGGUGAUGGCAGCAACCCUUUCCAACUGUUGCGUAUGGGUGCCCCACUGCUACGAGAUCCUCCACCACCUGGAUACAUUGAAACUCGCUUGCCAUCUACCCCGCCCUUUGUAAGCCCUCCACCACCCCGACAUCCUCUGGAACGCCUUUGCCCUGAGGAAAUGGGUCUCUUGUCCCAGCAUCCAAGUGCUUUUGAGCGUGUGAUGCGGCUGACACCCAUGGGCAUUGAACCAUCCAUGGGCUUCUCUCAGCGCCUUCGUGAAUUGGCGGGCAGCAACAAUAAUGGUGGUCCAACUCCCCCUCUAUCACCUAACCGUGUGCCCCCCAUGCAUCGGCUUCUCAGCCCCACUCUUUUCCAGCAUGGUUCCAAACCUCUACCUUUUUUAACCACACCCUCACAGCCACCAUCAGUUCCAUCCAGAGGCAAUUCCUCAUCACCGCUAAAUCAGGUUGGCAAAGCCAAGUCCUGUGAGUUUUGUGGCAAGACUUUCAAGUUCCAAAGCAACUUGAUUGUGCACAGACGUAGCCACACUGGCGAAAGACCCUAUAAGUGUCAUCUCUGUGACCAUGCAUGUUCGCAGGCCAGCAAGCUAAAGCGGCACAUGAAGACACACAUGCACAAAUCAGGCUCCAUGGGGAGUUCACCUGAGCAGGGAGGGCAAGACUCAGCUGGAGAGGGGCUUAAGAACAGUGAGGCCAAUGGCAUGAGGGAGGGAUUGGAUAAUGAGGAGGAGGAAGAAGAAGAAGAGGAUGAAGAAGAGGAGGAGGAGGAGGAAGAAGAAGAGGAGCCACAACAAAAUGGGAGCAGGCCUGAGUCCAACUUGAGUAUGGACUCAGAGUUGAGCAGAAAUAGAGAGAAUGGCCCAAGACCUUCCCCAGAAGAGAAACCAAUGGCCACUGACAGAGUGACAGAAAGCCAAUACAACAACCUUGACAAUCACUUGAGACUUCCACUGGGCAGCAGGGCAUGUGAGGAGAUGCACACAGAUUCAGCACCCAGGGAGAUUGACAGAGACAGGGGGCCCAUGGUGAAUGGCAGAGGCUGCGGCCCGGAGGAUUCCAUCUCAGCGUUGUUCCACCGGAAGCCAAUGCCUAUUUCCAGCUCCAGCCUCACUGGGUCUUCCGCUAAGAGGAUCAAGGUAGAGAAGGAUGUGGAGCUGCCACAGGUGCCCCUCAUAUCCCCUGAAAACGUAUAUUCUCAGUUGCUUGCUGGUUAUGCUGCAUCCCGCCACUUCAUAAGGGAGCCCUUCCAGGGGUACAACGACUCCAGGCAGUCACCUUUCGGCACUUCUUCCGAGCACUCUUCAUCUGAGACAGGCAGCCUGCGUUUCUCCACCCCUCCAGGGGAAAUUCUGGAAGGCGGUGGGAUGUCAGGGCGAAGUGGCAGCAGUACACCUCACCUCCAUCUGCGAGGUCCUGGGCCAGGGAGACCACCCAGCUCCAAGGAGAGCAGACGGAGUGACACCUGUGAAUACUGUGGAAAGGUGUUCAAGAACUGCAGUAAUCUGACCGUGCAUCGGCGCAGCCACACAGGUGAAAGGCCUUACAAGUGUGAUCUGUGCAGCUACGCUUGUGCCCAGAGCAGCAAGCUUACCCGGCACAUGAAGACCCAUGGGCUGUUUGGUAAAGAGGUGUAUCGCUGUGAUAUUUGCCACAUGCCCUUUAGCGUGUACAGCACCCUAGAAAAACACAUGAAGAAGUGGCAUGGAGAGCAUCUGCUGACCAAUGACGUCAAACUUGAGCAGGCUGACAGAGCUUGAGACCACUUACCAAUGCACUGCAUUAUGGGUUUAGCUGGAUAGUCUUUUUCUUGACUAUAUUUUUUGGAGUGAUUUUUAUUUUAUUUUAUUUUUUAGUGAAAACGAACUGCCACCUGAGAAACGAGAACACAGGGAAAUGCUAGUCUGUGGUUCUUAAACCCUUCUUGUAUAUCCCAGCAACUAACAGAGGAGUAGUCCAUUAGGAAUUCAUGGAGCCUUUCUACUGUGCAAUAAUUUCUGUAUUUAUUGGAUUAUUUGUAAUGAUACAUGGCAUGUGCAGGUACAUUAUCGAUGGGUUUCUAAUGCAUUCAGUUCCUAAAAUUAUAUUUCUACACCCCAUCUUAUGAAAUGACAAAUACUGAGAUUUUGGCAUUCAGCCAGUUUUGUGUUAUAAACUAGUUUCCUCAAAGGCAACAAAUGGGUAAUUUCUGAAGAAGAGGUCAACUUCUAAAAAUCUGAGAACGUUUUCAUGUUGUCGCUGUCGAUGGCCCCACUCACCAUGGGUUAUAUUCAGUAGACAUAUGUAAAGCACUGAAUGUCACUUUGACAAUAAAAUAUGAAACAAUUUUAAGGGGCAAAGAACCCAGGGAUGUUUUAAGGCAGCUGAAAGGCAGUUUGACUGCAUCUGAAUGAUUUUCUGUUGACAACCUUUGAAAUGAAUGAGAUGAAACUAAAUGAAAGUUUAUCAAACAUGACAUUUAUGAGAACGUUAACAUGCAAAUGACAACAAAAAUGACUAUAUUUCCCCUACAUUAUUAUGGUUCCGUAUAUAAACAUUGUUGAGGCCACCAGUGUUGAAUUUUUAGGCUGACAUUUCUUAUAGCCCGGAUUUUAUUUUUAAAGAUCAAAAUCUUUACAUUCACUCAAAUUGACGUCCAUGUCAUUUAUUUCAACCUCAUCUAUCCCUUAGUUAAGUUUGAAUGCUUUCCAAACCUUGUACAAGGUCAAAUCCUUUCAUAUGUUAAUGGUAUUACAUGUUUACCGUGCAGUCUUGAAUAAUUCAGCCUGGAUUCACUUGUUAAGGGAAGCCAUAAACUUGUUACAUAUCAAAUGUGUAUCAUAAACUCAAGUUUUUUUUUUUUUUUUUUUCGUUUUUUUUUUUUUAAUCCUGUUAAAAAAAAAUAAAGGAAUGUCUCCAUUCUCAAAUCAAUAUAUCAUGAAAGCAUCCAAUAGCUGCUAUUUGGACACCAAUAUAAAAGCACAGGUGCUCACCUGUAGAAAUCAUUUGAGUAAACACACACGCAGAUCAUUAAGCUGUAGCAGCAUUAUAUGCACCAUCCUGUGCGUUGUUGAAACUGCAAUUACUGAAUUGUGUCGGAGCUCUCUGGAAGCCCUGGGUGACUGCCUGUCCUCUAAAGGAUCCUAGGAUUAAAUGAUUUCCUCAUUACAAACUCUGUUCCUACACACUGAAUCACCUCAACCUCUCUUCUUUCAUACUUCGUCAGCUCAAAUUUACACCAAAGCCCUCGCCUCCACCCCACACACACCACUGUUUUCUAUCUGAGUAUUCGCUAUUUACAACAUCCUGCCAUUUAUGUUCAUGGCUUUUUACAGUUUACAUUUGAUUUCUGACUUGAACAGAGAUGUCGCCCGCUCAAAAUCAGUCAGCAGAUUACAUCAUAAAGAAAUGUACAGCACAAGGGUGAUAAUUAUUAUAUAUGUUUUUUAAAAAUGGAUGUGUAGUUUAUCACCUACUUCAGAUACUCUGCAAACUGGCAAACCGCUUUUUUGCGUAAAUGACAGGAAGUGGCCAUAGCUUGAAAGAAAAUCAAGAGGAAAUGUGUUGUAGUCAAGAAAGAAUGUCGAACUGAAGUGCUACCAAUGGCUUUCAGAGACAGACAAAACCAGACAACACGGAUGUGCCUCAAAUUCAUAUUCAGCCUUUAUUUUCGGACAAUUUUUGCUAUACAGCGGACAAAAGCAAUCCAUGAACAAACUAACUUAACCAGUAUCAUUCAAAUUCAUUAAGAGGGAUCAAAUCCUAAGGAUGACUGUUCAUUUAUUUGGGAAAUGUAAAAUGUGCUUCAUUUUUAAGGGGAGGACUUAACUUAUAGAUUUGCUUUAGAAAUGAGUAAGCCAUUUCUUUACUGAUUUUUUUUGAGAAUUAUUGACAGUGGAGGUAAAACAGGUAAUUGGAGUGAAAAAAAUAGAAUAACUAUGACACUGUCUUUAAAUGAUGUUUACAGUGUUGAAGUAUAAGAAUACUGAGCUCUUCUGUAUAUGUGUUUUAAAUGCGACAAAUGUUUUGUCCUCUGUUUUUCUACGAUAUUGAAUAUCAUAGCAGGGUUUUCUCCUUUAUCCAUUUGUUUCUUUCCCUCCCCUCCUUUUUUUGGUGCAGGUAUUUCCGUACAUUUCUAUGGAUAUAUGCGCGUGUAUGUUUUGUUCAUUGUUAAAUACUCAAUGUAUUUGUAAUUUCAGUGGCAUUUUAUGAAAUGAUGCAAAAAAAUCUUUAUAUUUUGCAGUCCAUUAUGAAAUUGUGAGUCUAUUCAAAUGUUUUGUCACUAUAUCUGUUCAUAAUUUUGCUAAAUCCAUCCACAGCAGGAUGUAAAAAAAAUAAAAAAUAAAAAAAAUAAAAAUGAAAACAAACAAGAAAAUCAUCUUUUGUGAAU